AGAGAAAGAGAGAAAGCAACCCAUUGUGAUGAUACCUUUAGAACUGGAACUAGAAUGCGAGACGUGGAAAAAUUGAAGACAAAGAGGAAAAUGGGAAAUAAAAGAAAAUAAGUUAAUGAGAAAGAUAACGUUGAACUGUUGAAGUUUCAUCUUCAAUGGUUAAAAUCUAAGAUCACUUCUCAUCGUUUAUUUCUUCAAGCUAGAAAAUCCAAAGUGCUCUUCAACUACACUGCUUCAAGGGAGCGCAAUUCUCUUCAAGUUCUUAAACGACCUAACAUUGAUAAAUACUCUGUCUUCAAAGAAAUUGGAUUUACAAAUCUACCCCGUUAUGACUCCACUUAUAUGAACUCUGGUCUCUCCUUCUGUAAGACUUCAAAACGUUGCUACGACCUUGCUUCAGGUGAUGACGGAGGCUUCGUCACCUUGUUUGACACUCGACGCAACACAAAGAAGAUUAGCGAAUGGCGUGCCCAUGAAGAAACCGGGAUUUUUGGUCAGGUUAUUUUGGAUGUUGGUUGGAUUAAGGAAGAUACCCAAAUUCUCACUGCUGCUGGUGAUGAAACUAUUAAAGUAUGGGAUGUUGAAGAAAAGAAAUGUCUUGCAACGUUAUGGGGGCACAGGGAUUGGAUUGAAUCUAUUUGUUCUCAUCCAACUAAUGAUGAUAUAUUCGUCUCUGGUUCAAAUGAUAGAUCCUUUCGUCUUUGGGACUUGAGAUGCAAGUCAACGGUUAGUAUCCCCAAUGAAGAUACAAUAUUUUCAACUGCUGUUGUCGAAAGAGCAAAUCUUUAUCAUAGAUCAGAUGGAGGAAGGGUUGAUGCCAUGGGCCUUACAUCCGUUCUUUGGCUCAAGGAUCAAUUCACCAUAGCCACUGCUGGGUCAAAACAUAGUACAGUAAAGUUUUGGGAUGCCAGAUUUCUGAAACAAGGCGUCACAUAUAAAGGCCCUCUUCCUAAGUCAACAGAAAAGCAAAAAUUACAUGCUUUUGAUGGUAUAACUAGCUUGUCUCAAGAUGAGCGUGGAGUUUUACUCACAGCUUCCAGCAUGGAUAACCGAAUUUAUCUAUAUAAUAUACUUGAACUUGGAAAGAGGGCUUUAAGUUAUUUUGAAGGACAUACAAUACGAAAAUAUUCAAAGGCUGCAAUUAGCCCUGAUGCAUUGAACAUAGCUAGCGGCUGUGAUCAUGGAACGACAUACGUUUGGCAGGUCAACAAGCCUCAUGAACGUACUAUUUUGAUGCCGGCGAAUGAGAAAGAAGAUGCUUACAAAGUUGACUGGUCCUGCUGCGAGCCUGGAAAACUUGCAACUGGUGGUAAUUACAAUAUCCAAAUAUGGAAUAAAGAUAUUGAAAUUCCAGAACAAUGACUCUCCCUAUGCCAUCCAAAGAGACAUCGCAAUACCAAAUAAAGUCAGCCACUCCAACUACUUAAGAAUCAGCUUUCAUCAGAAGUUUUUCAACUGCGUUAUUGGGUUAUUUGAAAUCUGAAGUGCAAUAAAGAGUUUGUUAUAGCAACCAUUCAUCUGUUGAAUUUUUUACUACCAAUCUUUUGUGAAGUUAGGGGAGACUAAAAGCCAAAAUCAUGUAAAUCUGUACAAAUUUUUGCUUCUGUUACUUUAUCUACUUGAUGAAUGAUGUGCAUAUGAAUCCUGUUUGGUGUGUUGAGUGCCAUAAAUGAAUAACUCAUGUUUUGUAGAUGAAAUGUACAGAAAGGAAAGCAAUAAACUUUUGAAUGCUAGGUGGGCAGUGAUCUGACUUUUACAUGCUGCAGUUGCACAUCUUUCUUGGGUGAAAUGUACUUUAUCAUCCAAAUUUACAAGUGUAGUUACUUUUCACCUUAACCUGUUUAACUGAUAAUUUUACUCGAUUACUUAAUAUUAA